AUGCUGUUGAAUAUGCCUACUCGUGGCAUUAAUUUGACCACACUAUCAACACCUACCACGCCACAGUCUUUGUUUCGCUUAGACAUGUGUGGUCUUGUCCGACACGCCGUCUACUGUGGCGCGCCAUCCGCAGUGAAUAAAUAGCAGGUCUCCGGCUCUCGUUCUUUUGCCAACGUCUUCCAUCGACUUCAGGAUGGAACACAUCCACUCUCUGCUAGCCGUCUCAGGUUCCCUCCUCAAUGCUAGCGCCACCAAUACCACCCUCGUCUCUGACUGCUCUUGGCCUCCCUUGACAAGAUUCGUACUGACAAACAUCACCGGUGUUGGUGUUCAAUGCUGGGCGAAAUUGGCCCUGCUUGGGGCCGUUAUAGAGCUUUGCCGCCGAACCCUCAACGUACUGUGGCGUUGGCUUCUCGAUUUGCCGUGGAUUACGAUAACUUUCAGCGAAGAAGACGUUGCUUACAGCUGGAUCCUGUGUUGGCUGUCGCAGCACCCAUCGUGGCAACACGCCCGAACAGCUCAAAUUACGACAAGAAACUACGGCUUACAACCGUCUCGUACUUGGUGCCAACAGGCUUUCGGCGGCGACGGUGACGGAGACCAACCCACCAGUUAUAUACCUAGCUUGUACAAAGUUCACUACCUAUGGUACAGGUACCAUUGCAUUCGCGUGUCUCGAAGCCGAAGCUCGGAGUCGUCGAUGAGCCAUCCAAUCGAAACUCUCGAAAUCCAAAUUCUGGCUCUGAGUCGUACGAUCCUGGACACACUGCUCAGCGACGCCAAAAAGAGCUAUAAGGAUGCAAAAGCGAGCAUGGUGUCCGUGUACACUGCGAACGAAUACUACGAAUGGGUUUUUGUUGCGGCACAACCGAAGCGUUCGCUGAGUACGGUCAUCCUCGAUCCCGGGGUGAAAGAAGAGGUAUUGAGUGAUGUGGUCGAGUUCAAUAGAAGCGGGCAGUGGUACGCCGAUAGAGGUAUCCCAUUCCGACGAGGCUACCUUCUGUACGGCCCUCCAGGAUCCGGGAAGACAACUCUCAUCCGAAGCAUAGCAGGCGAGCUCGGUUUAGACAUCUGUAUCAUCACUCUGUCGAAGGCUGGAUUGGACGACGACAAACUGCAAUCGCUCAUCAGCCGCAUGCCUGACAAGUGUAUAGCGCUAAUGGAAGACAUCGACGUUGCUUUCCGACACGAGCGUAACCAGCGACUUCUCUCUGGAGACACAAAUCUGAAACACGGAGAUCUUAGCACUACUACUUCCGCACUCUCAGCGAUGCCUACCAGUGGCGUCAGUCUCAGCGGUUUGCUCAACGUCCUGGAUGGAGUUGCAUUGCAAGACGGACGCCUCCUCUUCGCCACGACAAACAACUACGGUGCUCUGGAUCCUGCGAUUUGUCGACCCGGCCGUAUGGACGUGCACAUCAAGUUCCACAACGCGAGCAAGUAUCAGGCAGGAGAGAUUUUCAAGGCCUUCUUUUCGUCCCCGUCUAGUGCUUCCGCCGGACCAGUUGAAGAAAGCGGCAAUUCUCUUACCACUGCAGGCGCCGUCGAUGGCGAUGGGCUCUAUGCGAAAGAGGUGACUCCUCUCCUCAAUGUGGAGUCUUCGCCACCCGCUGGUCAAGAAGUUAAGAAUGGCCCGCCUAUCGGUAUCACUGUACCGCACAGUGUCGCAUGCGAACUGGCCAGGAGAUUCAGCGAGGCUAUUCCUGAACGUGAGGUAUCGGUCGCAGCUCUACAAGGGUACCUCAUGGCCUAUAAGACACGGCCAUUCGAUGCCGUGCGCGAUGCACCAGCCUGGAUCUCAGAGCUGCGCGGGCAGAAAGGACAAGGGGAAUCGCCGGUAGAAGCAUCAGGGGACCAAGGCUCUCCGUCCACUGCUAGCGGAGUUACCCCUGAGGCUCCAGUGGCCCGGGCAGACCAGUGAUCGAAGGCAACUAUCUAGGAGACUAAGGGUGUAGACGGAUUCUUGACCAUGCUUAUUCGCGCGAUGUACGAUAACUACACCUACUCUAUGCAUAGUAUUAUCCAGUCAAGAUACUGAGGAUGUACGCAGUGUGUAGUAAAUGAUACUCGAUUGUCCCGAUAACGUCACCGCGAGACGAUACCAUAAGCUGUCUCAAGCCGUGUAAGGGACGAUAUAUAUGUGAACGGCGUAGCAAGUGUCGUAACUGUAAGCUGAGUUGCUUUGCUCGGCCUCAUAGACGACUACAUUCUGAUCGUAGUCGUCUGUCGCCGUGCAAAGCGAGAAGCCAUCGGGGUUGUUGUUCACGGAGAGUACCAAGUACUCGUCAGACUCAUCCUA